AUUCUAUAUUUUAAUUUCACAACACUAGUGUCAUGUCAUGUCGUAAAUGUCAGGUUUUCACAAGUGUAUGUUAGAGAAAAUUAAAUUUAUUUUGCCGAUAAAUCGUUAAGGAUGGCAGAUCUGCUAAGUAUUCACGAUGAUAUUAAAUUAUAUACAACUUCAGACAAAUUCUAUUUGGAGCCCACAAUACAUCCCACAGAGAUUCUGGUUAUAGACAGAGUCACUGGGGAAGCUACUGUCAAAGAUGUUGGUUCAGUAAAAAUUCCGAUCCCAGCGAAUGCAUACCGACCAGUGUGUGGUUUCCUGGGCUCAAUCAAGCUCAUAUCUGGAUUAUAUUUAGUUGUUGCCAAAUAUAGAAUUUUGGUUGGCAAACUAAAUGGGCACGAAAUAUAUCAGCUGGCGGGCACAGACAUCAUACCGUAUGCACGCUCCAACACACAUCUCACCAGCAAACAGAUAGAUGACAACGCGACAUACGAGCGCAUGCUCCGCGCGGCGCUGGACACGGUGGGCAUCUACUUCUCCUACAGCUACGACCUCACGCACUGUCUGCAGCGACUGCACUCUGUCACUCCAGACUUCCAUAGGAUGUCCAUAGCGAACCGCGCGGAUCCUCGGUUCCUGUGGAAUGGCUUCCUACUGCGGGACUUCUCUCACCAGCAGUUCUCACGGUUCGCGCUGCCUAUCAUACAAGGCUUCGUGUCAAUAAACAACGUGACAGUGAACGGCCACUCGUUGACGUGGUCCCUGGUGUCGCGCCGGUGUGUGGACAGGGCGGGGACCAGGUUCUUCAUGAGAGGAGUCGAUGCUCAGGGUAACGUAGCGAACUUCGUGGAAACAGAACAGAUAAUAGAGCGAGGCGGCGAGAAGUCAUCCUUCGUACAGACUCGGGGUUCGAUUCCAUUAUACUGGAGCCAGUACCCCGACAUCAAGUAUAAGCCCGCCAUGCAACUGUCACACGAGGACCAUGUCGCCGCUUAUACUAAACAUUUGAGGGAUCAGCAGCAGAGAUAUGGGAAUCAGGUGCUCGUUAAUUUGAUCGACCAGCACGGCAAAGAAGAAGCGUUAGAGCGCGGCUUCCGCGCUGCAGUAGCGGCGGCGGCACUGCCCGGCGUGCGAUACGAACCCUUCGACUUCCACGCAGAGUGCCGCUCUAUGAGGUACUACCGGCUCAACGUGCUCAUUGACAGGAUCAAGUUGGAACAGGCGGAAUUCGGUUACUUCCUCUCCCGCGGAGGAACAGUCCUCCUUCGACAGAACGGAGUGUUCCGCACCAACUGCGUGGACUGCCUCGACCGCACCAACGUAGUACAGAGUCUGUUGGCGCGGCUACAACUGAACGCGGCGCUCAGGAUACUCGCAGUCACCAGCACUGAUGAUGAGAAACAUACUGAGUUCGAUAACCUGUUUAAUAAUGUAUGGGCAGACCACGCAGAUGUAAUAUCGACCCAGUACUCCGGUACAGGCGCCCUGAAGACAGACUUCACCCGUACUGGCAAACGAACCCGACUGGGGCUUGUAAGGGAUGGGGUCAACUCUCUCACUCGCUACUACAAGAAUAACUUCAGCGAUGGGUUUAGACAGGACUCCAUCGACCUGUUCCUGGGUAAGUACGUGGUGACGGACGGCGAGGGGAACACACUGCCCUGUCCACUGCGCAGGGACAGAGACUGGAAGUAUAUCACGUUCCCGUCGGUGCUGCUGGUGGCGAUGUCGAUGUUCUGCGCGAGCGCGAGCCUGCCGCAGCGGUACACCAGCGAGGUGCUGCUGUACCUCAUGUUCUGGGGCGCCGCCGUCACCGCCACGCUCACCUUCAUAUUCAGACACGGCAAGGAGUUCGUAGACUGGCCCCGCCUGGACGCGGGCGGACUGGCCGCCGCGCGCGCCCUGCCGCCGCCGCAGUCGUUAUGAUCAUAGACGCGCCGCUCGUAGUCGUCGUCUAAACAUACUUAUAUACCCAUCCCGCUCGCACACACUGUGAGCGAGCGAGACAGACAGCUUGUCGGUAAUCACGCCUUUUUAUUCUAGUGUUGUCUUAUCUUUAGUUCAAUGAAUAACUGUGUUAAUGCUAGGAAGUUAAAAGGUCUUAUACUAGCGGUUUUGGGAGCGCAUACUUCUCGGCUGUGUCGCGAAUACUCUGCGGUUGUGUGGCAUAUACUCCGCGUCUGUGUCGCUAAUAUGCCGCGGGUGUGUCGUAAAUACUCCGCGGCUGUGACGCGAAUAUACCGCGGAUGUUUCACGUAUACGCCGUGGCAAACAUUUAGUUGAAUAAUUACAGGUCUUAAAACUAUGAAGAUAAGGUUUAAACCUUGUUCACAAUAGAAAUUGAUGACGUGAUUUUAAACCUUUUUUGUUCUUAUGUCCCUUUCAGUAGGGUUUCUUUUCAUUUCAAGUAUUUAUUAUGGUUGCUAUAUAAAUAUUAGGUAAUGCGUGUAGUUAAAGUAUUUAAUAAAGUUUCCUAUUUUUAUUAAAAUAAAGAGGUUCUGUGUCUGUGUGAGUGAUGUUGAGUGGAAAUAGUGAAUUGAAAUUGAAAUAUUUGUUAGGAAUUUUAGUAUUUUGGGGUUUUUGGAGCCUUUAUAGUAUUUUGAGUUCAUUGAUAUACAGUUAUCUCUAUCUACAUGUCGCGGAGAACCUAACGGGUAACCGGGGCUCCGGCUCGACGUGCAGGAGAAGGAACGGGGUGGUUUUU